AUGUACCUCUUCUUUGGUGUCUCCGGACUCAUCGACAUGCUCACCUACCUUUACUUCAACAUUGUGCCCCUGGGAGUAGACAGAGUGAUUUUAGCUAUGGCAGUAUUCAAUGAAGGUUUUCUCUUCUAUUACCACGUUCACAACCGACCUCCACUGGACCAGCACAUCCACUCACUCCUGCUCUUUGGUUUGUUUGGAGCAAGUUUCAGUAUCUUCCUGGAGGUGAUCUUACGGGAUAAUAUUGUGCUGGAGCUUUUCCGAACCAGUCUCCUUAUUCUUCAGGGAACCUGGUUCUGGCAGAUUGGAUUUGUCCUGUUCCCCCCAUUUGGAACACCAGAAUGGGACCAGAAAGACAUGGACAAUGUCAUGUUUAUUACCAUGUGCUUCUGCUGGCACUAUCUGGUUGCCCUUUGCAUCACAGCCAUCAACUACUCUCUUGUUUACUGCUUUCUGAGUCGGGUGAAGAGACAUGCAGAAGGAGAAAUCAUCGGGAUUCAGAAGCUCAAAUCUGACCACACUUACCAGUCAGCCCUUUUGAGUGGCUCGGAUGAGGAGUGA